UUUGAGUGUAUUAUAAUUUUGUGAUAAAAAUUUCAAGGAAAAAAACACACAACCUCCUUCCUCCCCUUCCUUCGGGGAGGGAAGAGAGUGAGCGAGGGUAAAAAUCUAUCUGAGAAAAAGGAGAGAGAGAAAAAUAUAUAGCUAGCUAUAAGAGUGAGCAAGGGAGAGGAGGAGGAGGAGGAGGAGAGGGGGGAGCAAAUUAAAAGUUGCCAAACGGAGAUAUUAGGUUUCAAGGAGAGGGGUGAGACAGGAACAAGGGCUUGCCUCUUUUAAUCGGUCUUGAUGUUAUGCAAAUUUAAAUAAAUAUUUAUGGCUGUCCAUUAUUUAAGUCUAUUUAGGGACGAUGAAGUGAAACCCGAGGGCUCCAAAUAAAUCACGCGAAAGAAUACAUUACAUUAGCCUCGUUUAAGGGCCAGGGAGCAUACAAAGAGAGCUAACUAGCUGCUAGCAGGCUUUGCGCUUUCAAAUGGCCGCCAGGAUUUCUUCAUUUAAAUCUCGCAGUUACCGAGGCUUAAAUAAAGCAAAUCAAGACGACAACGAUCGAAGCGUCGGCUGCGCGCAGUUACACUGGAAGGAAAUGCGAAAGAAAAGAGCGAAUUGGAAGCCCGUAUGUCCUGCUCCGCGGAAAGCAAUCGAGCGAGUGAGAGGGGGGAAGAAAAGCGUUUUGCUUUCGAGCUCCAUUAUCUGUCAUUUCAGUCUAUUUUUGGACAUUAAAAUAGCCAUGCAUUGCGGCUGCUAUACACUACAAAGACAGGAUAAUAGAUUUUCAAUCUAACGCUUGCUUGCUCGGUCGGAAAGCGUCGAGAGAGACUGAGGAGUGAGUUUCUGCUGAUGCGAAGCAAACCGAGUAACAAAAUAUUUCAGUGACUCCGUGUGAUUGAAUUGGUUUAAAAUUAGUUGUUUCCCCCCCUCUCCUGUGUGUAUUUUCCACACCCUCUCUCGGUUAGCUUACUAUCUCGCGUUGAGCUAGGAAAGGGAACUGAGUACAGUACAGUUAACGAUAUUUAUUUUAUCCAAAUCUAGUCCCUUCUUUCUCACUUCGUAGUACACACUAGCUAGCACUUUAGCGAACAGCCAGCAAAAUCCAUUGGCUUUCCUUUCGUUGGACUUGGAAGUGUUUGUUAUAUUAUAACAACAGUCUUUGCAUUUUGUUGAAUUAAUUUCUAUAUUUUGGCCAUAUGUUAUCUUGCCUACUGAUGUGGUUGUUUGUUAGACCGAUGUUGUAAAAUGGACCUGUCCGUAUAAGACCAAGUAUGGCUUUCUGCCGUCAAACAUUGUGAGCACCUUUUCAUAAUGUCAGAGGAAAUCAAAGGCGCUAAGUGACCGACCCCAUGGUCACCAGCGGAAACCCCGGUCAUGGACGAUGAAGAUGAUCGCCGUCUUCUAGAUAUAAUAGGAGACGUGCAGGCGUUGAAUGAUUAUCUUUAUGGCUCCAGCAGCAAAUCGAUCAAUGAGGGUGACGUGGCCAAUGCAGCCUUCGGAUCGGCCAACUCCUUUUACACCAGCAGCACUGGAGACUCCAGCUCUGCUCUGAAGGAUGGCACCAAUCAUAUGGGUGCAGCUGGAGGGGCGGGGCUUCCUCUCCCUGGAAGCCUCCAGUUCAUCGAGGGUGAUCUUAGCGGGACAUCGCCCUCCAGGGGGGAGCUAGGGGAGGAGCAGCCGUUCGACAUCCUCCAGAAGUCCCUGCAGGAGGCAGACAUCACGGAGCAGACUCUGGCCCAGGAGGCUCUGCUGGAAUCUCCGCCCCCCACCGCGCCCUUCCCCCAGCAGCUGGUCUCCGGGGGGUUCGGGGGCAUGCCCGUCCUGCAGGCCCCAGCGAGCGGGCCCUUCCCCGGGGUUCCGCCCCAGGGUUUCAUCCAGCAGGCCGCGGCCCAACCUCUGCAGAACGGCUCCGCUGGACACAUCCAGAUUCUGGGCUCUUUCAACGGCCCCCCCUCCAUGAUGACCAUCAACAGCCUUGAGCCCCCCCAGAUCCUGCUGAGGCCGGGGGGUUCAGCUUCGCCCGGCCUGGGGGGCGGCGUGUUGGUCCAGAGACAGGCGGCUCAGGCUGGGGCCGCGCAGGGCGCCGUAUUCAACCCCGCCACUGGGGGGCAGGUGUCCAUGCCCUUCAAGGGCUGUGGGACACCCGUUCCUCUGCAGAACAUCAUCAUCCAGAGAGGCCCCUCCCCCCAGAUGCUGGUCAAGCCAAUCCAACCCAAACCCCUUCAGCUUGGGGGGCAGACGGUAUACAACAUCAGUGGGCUGGGCCAACAGCCGCUCAAUGCCCCGCCCACCAGCAGCCCAUACACCACUGGCAGCUCCACACAGGCUCCCCAGCAGAUGACUGUUAACAUUGUGAAUCAGCCUUCUCUGCCUAAGCCCACCUCUGGCCCACAGGUGGUCAACCACUCUGGCAGCAUCAUGAUACACUCUCCCCUGGGGCAGCAACAGCAGCAGCAGGGCAGUCUGCCCCCAGGGCAGUACCUGCUGCCCUCGUCCCUGGCCCUCACCCCCGGCACGACCACACAGGCCCUCCAGGCCCUCAACGGCCAGGUACUGCAUACGCAGCUACAGGGAACUGGUGACCCUGCCUCUACAAACACAGCCUACUCUGGGACUUUCCUGACCAAUCAGAGCGCGGCCGUUCAGCUGGUCUCCGGGCAGAACUUUGCGACCAGCGGGCAGCUCAUCGUGAAUCAGGCAGUGGUGAGCGGCCAGCUGGGACAGGCAUCUCCGGCAUUGGUGCAGGUGUCCCAGGCAAUGGGGGCGCGCCCCAAAAACCAGCCAGGGUUCACCAGCAGCACCCCUCUGGCCCCCACCCCUGUCCAGAGCGGUUACACCCUGGUCAACUCCUCAGACGGUGGCCUGGUUGCGGGGUACACCCCUCAGCCCCAGGGGGUCCAGAGCGGAGGGGUCCUGGGACUCCAAGGCCAGCAGCAGGUCUCUGUAAACUUGGGACACCACUUCCUGGUCCCUCUGGCACAGGAUGGUGCCCACACUGGGACACAAGGGACCAGUGAGCCUCAAUUUGAGACACAGUCCUACCUUCAGACCCAGGUCUCCCACUCUUUGUCACCGGCCCCCAAACAACCACAGCUGCAAACACAAGCGCAGUUGGUCAACCUGCUGGGAAGCAAGGCUGGGAAACCCUCUAUAGGCCUGGAAACUGUGGUGUGCCUGCCAAACCAAGUGGGGUCCCCACAAGUGCCAAAUGCACAGAUGACAAACCUGAAACGACCUGCCCCUCAACAGCUGACUAAAGGAGGACUGGUGCUCCAGCAGCUGAAGCAGGACCAGGCCGGCGUUUUGUCGGGAAGCAGGGCGCCCUUCUCCUCACCAGACGACACCUUCCGGAGGUUGCUGCCCUACCACGUUUUCCAGGGACCCCUGCCCUCUGACGACGACUUCCAGAGAGUGGACGAGGAAUUUGAAGCUGUGGCCACACAGGUCCUGAAGAGAACGGAAGCCAUGCUGAACAAAUACCGGCGCCUCCUGCUGGUGGACGCUGAGCGCACCAGCCCCUCAUCAGAGAUGGUGAUGAUUGACAGGACGUUCAACCAAGAGGAGCGGAGUAACUUGACGCAGGACAGACGGCUGGCGCUGGGGGAUCGAGACGGUUUCCUGGAGGAUUUCUGCUGCCUGCCGAAGCCCAUGGACACGGCCCUCACCAGGGAGGUGCAGGGAGAGCAGGGCGCCCCCAUCCAGCUCAGUCCGGCCAGUAGGGACCCUCACGGCAGAGACUCGGCCUGUGUGGGGCGGGGCUGGGAGGGGAGCGUGAUGGGCGGGGCCGACCCCUCCCUCAGGACAGAGCCGCAGCCGGGGUCCAAGGACCCAGGGGGAGAGCAGCCUGAGGUAUCCCUCAACGAGCACCUGGAGACCGCCAUCAAGAGCAUCCUGCAGCUGAAGAGGACCCAAGGCCGUUCCCUCAGUGCCAACCCCAACCCCGCCCUUCUGCCUCCCCCACCGAGCAGUGCCCCCCGCAACCCCCCCGCCCCGGGCCAGGGCCCUGCCAAGCCCGCCCCCUCAGACUACAGCCAACCGCUGUUAGCCGACACAGACUCCGUGCUGGAGGCCGCUGUCAAUAGCAUACUGGAAUGCUAGGCGGCAGCGCGGGGUUUAAAAUUCCCCUUCCGUUUCUCGUUCGAUUCUCGUCCAGUUCUCAUUUUCGUCUCACCAGCAUGACUGGCGACUCUGGGAGAGGGAUGUGGAAGAGGAGGAGGCGGCGCUACCCCUCCCCGCCUCACUCCCGCUCCAGGGUUAGUCCCGCCCGCCUGCCCCGCCCAGCCGCUCCCACAGCGGGAGGUGGAGCAGCAGGCUUGGCCCCGGCCGCGGCGAUGGCGGUAAUCUCAUAACCGGUUUAGCGCGUCCUCUGCUGUGACCCGCUGGGCACGCCCCGCGCCACACACGAGCCAGCGGGGGCGUUCUGCACGUCCGAUGUGUGUGGGUGUGUGGGCGUGUCCGCCUUUCCCCCAUAUCGCGCGGCGAUCGUUUAAACAUUCUGUUGUGUCUGUCUGUCUGUCUGUCUGUCUAUCUUCCUGUCUGACAGGAAUCAACCUGACCAAGUCAGCCAUGCACAGAAGUGCGGUUCUUUGAUUCUUUUAUAUGCUGGUUUAUUGUCACAUUUUUUUAAUUUGUUGGUAAUAAUUUUUUUCUUCUCAAUGUUAAAUAUUUUGUUUUGUACCUUACAGGUAUGUGACCCUCACGUCCCCCCAAAUACACCCUCAGACACUCACACGCACGCGCACACAUGCAUGCACACACGCACACACAUACACUCAUACACACUCAUACUCACACGCACACACAUACACUCACACACACUCAUACGCACAUGCACACACACGCUGACACGCAUGGGCACACACACAUGUACAUACAUGUUCCCUGAGUGUGGGGGGAAAUUAAACUCUCAGAUUGAGGUAUGAUAUUGCACAUUCAUGUUAAUGUAUGUUAGAUUUUAUUUUUUUCAUUUUUUAUGAAUUUUGUAGUUGUACAUGUUGUUAUAUGCAGCUGCUGAGUUUAGGAAUGGUUCCUGUUGGGCCGCUAAUGUGUAUUGGCUUGGCUCCGCUAGUUUGUGUGUGUGUGUAUGUGUGUGUGUGUGUGUAUGUGUGUGUGUGUGUGUUUUACAAUGACAGUUUUUGUUUAAUGUGUGAAGUAGGUACACAGUCAUCUAGUUGUAGUCAGUACCCGGUCUCUGUACGGUCAAGUGACUUGGCUGCAUGAAUGUGUGAAUAUUGGAUCAUAACCCUGAACACUACAUAUGCACUUCCCCCGUACUCCUGCAGGGGGCAGCCCUGAGGAAAGAGCAGGAACUGCAGGUAGAAAGGCUUGCCUUACUGAUCUGUCUCUCCUCUGAUGCCCAUGCAGGCUUCUGAUUUAAAACCGCCAGCAUUGCGAUAAACAGAUGUGACGAUGGCUCUGGGUAACCAUUAAACAAAAGGAACGAGAAUAAAACGAGGUAAUUAUCAUAAACUAGUGCUUUACAGAAACAAGGUAAUCACGUCGGCUCAAGCUUUACACGAUGUAACCAUCAUACGUACUGCUGAGUGUGCUGAAAACACUCCCUGUCGGGAAAUAGAUUUGUGUUUUUCUUUUCUGUUUUGUGUCAACACUUCAUUGAUCACAGGACUUUAUUGAUAGUUUUCAACAGCCAAUAGAUACAAACAUUCAGUGAAAUUAAAAAAAUGUCUUUAGUGUCUGAAGCAGUUAGAUUCAGUGUUGUCAGUUGUGUGAGAAGUUUUUAGAGAUUCAGGGGUGUCAGUAGUGAUACAUGCAGUCAGUGCAGUUCAGGAGUGUCGGUAGUGAUACAAGCAGUCAGUGUGAUUCAGGUGUGUCAGUAGUAAUACAAGCAGUGAGAAUCAGGAGUAUCAGUAGUGAUACAAGAUAUCAGUGACAUUCAGGGGUGUCUGUAGUGUUUUGAGCUGUCAGUGAGGGUUUGAAAUGUCCAUAGUGAUGCAGUUUUUCAGUGAAAUUCAGGGGUGUCUGUAGUGGUGUACUGUCUGACAGAACAGGCGUAUCAGAAGUGUACUGCAUGCAUCAUAGGAGGACAGAGGGGGUAUCAGAAGUGAUUCACGUUGUCAGAGCUGAGAGUUAAAAAUGGAUUAUGGGUAGAAUACAUUUGAAGUUGACAUUGUCAGUAGAUUAUAGGUGAUUUGUACCUGUGUGUGCGUGUGUGUGUGCGCGUGUGCGUGUGCGUGCACUUGUACGAACAUCCAUUGUUAUUCCUUGUUAGAAACUAGCAUGUGUCUUGCUUGAACUGUUUGGUUCCCUUGUCUUUCUCCUUAAAAACACUACACACAUGCCUUUGCGCAGUCCAACCAAAAAUGACUGAACCUUAACGUCCGUGGCUGUAACGUGUAAACACAGAGAAAGUCCCCAGUGCCCGCAGUUCCAAGAGCAUCCUUGCCUUAGGAGAGAGCGUGCGAGAGCACGGAAGGCUUUUCCUCAUUUGUUCCUUGUUUGCUUUGUGGUAGUGAAGGAGUGUGGCCUUAGAGGAGCGGGUUCAGCAGUGAGUAGCUCUCAUCUGUCUGUCUCAGUUAUCUUACCAUCGCUCUGGUUUUCAUUUCCUGUUUUCUCCCUCUCUCUUACAUUUGUAUAAUAUCAGUCUUGCGCAAAACUUGAUUUUGUAUAGUUUUUUUGUAUAAAUGUGAAGAAAAAACACAAAAUAUUUAUAAUUUUUUGUAGAAAAAGGAAAACCAAAAAUGGCAGUUAUUUUUAUUAUGUUGUCUACAAAGUGUUGCAACAAAAAAAGGAAAGGAGAGGAAAAAAAGCUGAAGUAUAUUGUCACUUUGUUUUUACUUUUGAUUAGUGCAGGUGUUCAGACAAGACAACAUCUAAUACAAAGAGGAAAAAAAAAGACAAAAAUAUUAAAAUGAUUUUCAAAUACAGCCAAAGACUUGCAGAAUCCUGUGUUCUUUGUUUAACUCUGUCCUCUGUUUGUGAGAGACCUGCACCGUUACCUGAAGAAGCAGGUGUGUGUUUCUUAGUGUCUGCUGUUGACAACAUCAUAUUAAUAAAAAAAGGAAAAUGACUGAAA